CCUGCUGCUGCUGCUUCUCCAUUAACCACAUUUCAAUUUUCAAGCUUGUGUUAAUGGCGUAUGUAAGCCGUGCAUAAUUUGCACACACUUGAGCUAAUCUUACUCUCUCGGUUGAAGGAAAACGAAAAUCAAAGAUGCUGGACGGAUUACUAGGGCGAAACUUUUGCUCCAAAUGUAAAUCGCUGACUAAGCCUACGAGAACGCGAAUUGAAGCUUUAAGGAGGAGAGCGGAAGCGAAGCAGAGAAUUUUGAAGGAAGAUCUUGCGAAAUUGCUCUAUAAUGGCCUCGAUAUCAAUGCCUAUGGGAGGGCGGAAGAAUUUCUUGCUGGAUUGAGCCUCUUGUCUUGUUAUGAUUAUAUUGAUCACUCUUGUGAAUACAUAGUGAAGCAGCUCUCAAGCAUGCAAAAACAAAGUGAAUGUCCUGAAGAAUUUAGGGAGGUUGUGGCAUCCCUGAUGUUUGCAGCUGCAAGAUUUUCUGAUUUGCCUGAAUUGCGUGACCUCAGGGAUCUAUUUCAAGAGAGAUAUGGAAAUUCGUUUGAAUACUUUGCUAAUCAAAAGUUCGUUGAGAGGAUAGCCAUGAAGCCUCCCACAAUGGAGAAGAAACUCAAGCUACUGCAAGACAUAGCAUCAGAAUUCUUAAUAAAAUGGGACUCGAGAGAUUUUGAAAAGAGGAUGGCUGCUCCCCCUGCAUUAGCCCAGGACCAACCUAAGAAAUAUGGGUCUUUCCAUGUCACUGAGGAUCGAAACAAAUUGCCAAAAGCUGAUAAAAAGGAUGUUUCAUCCAAAGAGAACAGUAAGCUUCCAGAUAAUGGUCGUGGAUUGUGUACUGGAACGGAGGGCAAUGUCUUGAGAAGAGAUGAAUUGGACCUUCAGCUCUUUGGAAGAAGGGAGUUCCCCAGUAAUGGACACAACUCGGUUUCCAGUAAGGGAGGAACUAUUCUGAAAGGAGACAUCAAUAACCUUUCACACCGAGGAAGGCACGAAUUCACUGCUGAUAAGCAAGGGCCAUUGAAUGAGAAGGAUGUUAGAGCCAUAAAGUCUGUUAGAUCAAGCAAUACAUCUCAUGGUAAAAAGUUGAAAUCCAUUAAUAGUGGAUACCUUCCACACAGUGAUAGGGUUAAUAUUGUCUCUAAAGCAGAAAGCCAGGAUCAUUUCUCUCAUGGAAAAUCAGAAGUUGGAGGUAUUUGUGUACGACAAUCUGUAAGGAGUGAUGAUGGAGAUGCCUCCUAUGCGUCUAAUGACUAUGCCAGUCACCAAAAUGUAGUUAACUUGACAAGAAAACUGCAGGAGGAAGAAGCAGAUAAGUCAAAAUCGUACUACAGUGGUGCCCUUCCUCCGCCUUACGUUAAAUCAAAAGAUAAUGUAAUCCCUCCACCAUAUAUUAAGCCAAAAAAUGGCAAACAUGAAUCCGGCAGAGUUUCUAAGAAUGCGGGUUCCGACGGUGAUGGAUUUUCCAUGGAUACUUCACCCCAUGAUAGGGGGAAGGCAGUUGAUAGUUCAGACCGUAAAGUAGAUCAUUCUGGCCAGGAGUGGCAAGGUCGUCGACCUGCUAGAGUAAAGAGUCAUGGUCAUGAGAAAGAUCAUCAUUACCAGGAUGAUAUACCCUUGCCAAAACCAAGAUCCAUUAGGAGGAAACACUCAAAGUUCUCAUCUGGCCAUGAUGAUGCCUGCAGUUAUGAAGAUGGUGGGUUUCCAAAGAGAAGUUCAAGUAGCAGGAGAAGAGAGCAUUCAAGAAAGGACCUGCAGAUCUUGUUCAAUGAUGAGCAUUAUCAGAAAGAUGACGAGGAAAGGAUGAUAGAUAAACUGUUAUUACAUUACAGUAAAAAACCAUCAACCUAUGGCGAGGGAAAGUUGAGAAAAAGAUCGCAAGCUCAUCCUUCACAUAAGAUAGCUCCUGAUGCUGGUGAUGACUACUACAAUCAAAGCAGGGAUGGGCAUGCUGUGAAGUCCGAAAUGGUUCCUACUCCCACCAGAUCCGUUUCUCUUCCCCGUGAGCAAACUGUUCCAUCAGAGGCCACGAAGGUUUUUACUCGUGUCAGCUCUUUCCACCCAGAUAACCAGGCACGACAUGUGCAUCCCAAGUUACCAGAUUAUGAUGAUUUGGCUGCCCGUUUUGCAGCCCUGAGAGGGCAGUAAAGGUCUGCAAGAACCUUUUACUCCCAGGAAGGGUUAUCCUCUAAUUACAGAUGAUUGAAUUCCUAUGGUAUAGUUUGGCUUUCGAAUUGCAUGAACCUUCCAGUUCCCCAUUAUUCAGAGUAUAGCCCUACAUUGUUUCCUCCAGUCCAUAAAAUGAGAUGCGUUUUGCCUGGCAGCUGUGGGGUGCUAGCUUUGAUCCUUUUCUGUUUUCCAUUUGUUGCAUCCUUAAGUACUAGAUACUUGGUUUGAUUGCAUUUUUGUGAAGUACUCGGUUGUAAAAGUAGGAAACAGAAAAAGUUUAGUGUGAGAUUGCUACUGUUUUAUUUUCCACUGCUAAUGAUAAACAUCCGUUUCAAUAUAGUCCAUUUUUAGAUGAUGAUUGCUGCUAUUUUAUCACCUUACUACAGAGAAUGAUGACACACCAUUUCAAUACAAUCCUUGAUGUUUUCUUUU